UGACGUCAUCAUGGCAUAAGUAACGCUGCUCCGAGCAGUAAUGGAGUCGUUAUGCGAUCGAUUUCCCCUCCAUAAGGCGGUUUUUGAGGGAAAUCUGCGGAAGGUUUCGGGCCGUUUACGUAGCUGCGAUAUAGAAGAAAGAGAUGUUCAUGGUAAGGAACUCUUUUUGUCGAAUCUUAAUUUUAUGCAGCAUGUUAUGUUAACUUAUUGCAUUUUCAUUUUAGAAUGUGUGUACUUACUGUUGGCUCAUGGAGCACCAGUAAAGGUGAAGAACAACUUUGGGUGGAGUCCUCUGGCUGAAGCCAUUAGUUAUGGGGACAGACAAAUAAUCACCUCUCUAUUGAAGAAACUAAAACAGCAGUCAAGAGAAGCAUUGGAAGAAAGAAGACCUCAACUGACUGCUGCAUUACAAGAGCUUGGAGACUUUUAUAUAGAGAUCAACUGGGAUUUUCAAAGCUGGGUACCACUUUUGUCCAGAAUAUUGCCAUCAGACACUUGUAAAGUGUUCAAGAAAGGUUGCUCAAUAAGAAUGGAUAGCACAUUAGUAGAUUUCAGUGACAUGAAGUGGCAGCGAGGUGACUUGACGUUUAUUUUCAAUGGCGAUGCAAAAGGAAAGCAAUCCUUUGCAGUGUUAGACAAUGAGAAAAAAGUCUUUCAAAGACUUAGGACAGAGGACACUGAAGCUGAAAUCGAAGAAGAAGUUGACCUUCUAAUGAGCAGUGACAUUGUUUCUGCAAUGAUGUCAACUAAACCCAUCACCUUUAGUCGAUCACAAGCUGGAUGGAUUUGGCGUGCAGAUAGAACAGAAAUGGUUGGACCCUACCUGUCCGAAGUGUACUCCAUAAAUGGAAUGAUGCUUAUCUCCAGAAAACGGCGGGAGCACCUGACAGAGGAGGAUGUGGUCAAAAAUAAGGCCCUCAUUGACACUCUAAGUAAAGGAAGUGGAAAUAUUAUGGACAGUCUCCCAGAGACUUCACGGCGAAAUUCACUUCAUCCACCACCAAAAACUGGCCUGACAUGGGAUGAAUACCUGCUGUAUGACUCUGACAGAUUGCCGCCAUUAGGCCGACCAAUGGUGCUUAAAGAAGACAGGAAAUCUGUUAAAGCCCAUGUAGCGAUGAGUGAAGAAUUCCCUCUUUCUGUUGACCUCAUCCUUAAAGUGCUAGAGGUUGUCGCUCCAUUUAAGCAUUUCAACAAGUUAAAAGAGUUUGUGGCAAUGAAACUUCCAGCUGGAUUUCCCGUCAGAAUAGAGAUACCAGUGUUUCCAACGAUCACAGCUCGUGUGACGUUCCAGGACUUUAAAUCCUGUAACAGCAUUCCCUCUUCAAUGUUCUUUAUACCUCGAGAUUACAAGGUUUGUCAAGCUCUCAAGGAUUUGUUUUCAGGGGAAGGGAGGAUCCUAAUCGGUUCCCAGAUUUGUAGACGGAAUGAAAUUUUACGACAUUGUUUUUGUUCAAAAUCCAUCUUUCGUCAACAGGCCCUCAUUGACACUCUAAGUAAAGGAAGUGGAAAUAUUAUGGACAGUCUCCCAGAGACUUCACGGCGAAAUUCACUUCAUCCACCACCAAAAACUGGCCUGACAUGGGAUGAAUACCUGCUGUAUGACUCUGACAGAUUGCCGCCAUUAGGCCGACCAAUGGUGCUUAAAGAAGACAGGAAAUCUGUUAAAGCCCAUGUAGCGAUGAGUGAAGAAUUCCCUCUUUCUGUUGACCUCAUCCUUAAAGUGCUAGAGGUUGUCGCUCCAUUUAAGCAUUUCAACAAGUUAAAAGAGUUUGUGGCAAUGAAACUUCCAGCUGGAUUUCCCGUCAGAAUAGAGAUACCAGUGUUUCCAACGAUCACAGCUCGUGUGACGUUCCAGGACUUUAAAUCCUGUAACAGCAUUCCCUCUUCAAUGUUCUUUAUACCUCGAGAUUACAAGGAGGAUCCUAAUCGGUUCCCAGAUUUGUAGACGGAAUGAAAUUUUACGACAUUGUUGUUCGUAUCUGUGCCCACAGAAUUUCCUGUUCGCCGAUAACACAAUACUAGGCAGGCCGCAAGUUUAUUAUUUAGCUUUUUACGACAAUCGAUUUUGCCUGCACUUGCUCGCUAUUACCAAGGCAGAAUAUACCGUCCUUCAAAUCAAUCGUAUUUAACAUUUUUGCUAUCGACAUAAACUCUAUUGUCAGACAAGUUAGAAAUAACAAUUUAUUCAAUUUUCGUGCGAGGAAAUUUGUAGAAAAUUGAAAAUGACCGUGAGCGUUUCUUUUCAAGGCUGUAAAAACAGUUUUUGUUUGUUGCACAUUUUAAGCGUUCAAAGCUAUAGUAAAAUGUUGCGCUUGCUAGUUUAGGAAUUUCGUGGGCUUCAAUUUAAGUAGUCUCCAAACUCGAUUCUGAAAGUAGUUCCUGUUUAGUUUUGGUAUUUAUUUUGUUCACUUUUGCGUUGUAUAAAUGCUUCCAACGUGUGUAAGAUAUAAUUUAACAGCUGAAUUUUGUGAUAUUUAUAUAUAACAAUCAUUCAUUCCCAAUACACGGUGCAAUUGUGUUUUCAAUCUAGUGGAAUGUUUGCAGUAUUGUAGUCAGGAGGAUAUAACGACCAAAGGAAAACCUAUUUUUAUAUUUAGCUUUAUAGGAGGGCGAUUGUAAUUUUUCUCUAAGUGGAACAUACGUUCCUAGCCAUUUCUUGUGAAUUAUGUGGUAAUAAUAUUGCUAUUAAAGUAGUUUUCUCAUUAAUAUG